AUGAUGCAGUCGUGCAGCCCACCGACGUUCGCUUCCUGCGACUCCGUAGUGAGUGGAGGUUCCUCACCGGACCGUACACUGUCGAUGCUCUCUGGGAGCGCCUCUUUGUCUCCGAGCCCCAACAGAAGAUUGGAAGAUCUUUCUGCCGCUGAGAAUCUCUGUAACGUACAAAUGGGAUCCGCAGAAGAAUUCCGACACCUUGUUGAAGAUUCGAAACGAUGGCCCGGAGUUUCUAACUGGCGUAACCCCACACAUCAAGUAAAAAUUUCCACUACUAGCGUUUUUUUUUGUUGUUGGAAAAAAGUGAUUUUACACUCUAAAGUUAUAAUUUUUUGUGCUUCAUUUAGUAAUAAACCAUCAAGAUAUCUGUUUCAGGGUUUUUCGCGGCCUUCAACACCGACAUCACGACUCACUCCGCCGUCUUCUUCUGGUUACAAAAGCGCUUUCCCAUUCACUCACAAUCCGAAUGUAAUAACAAAUCCAUCUGUGAUUACGGCGCGUUCGCGUCGUUUGUCAUCUACAAACAUCACAAGCUAUAGUGGGAGCAAUGGAUUCAGCGGUUUCAAACCAAUCAGCGAGGCUCAAAAACUGAAAACGCACUGUACGUUUUGUCUAACCGUUAAACAAAUACUAAAUUGUAUUGAGUUGCAUCCGUUGGAAAUCAUUGUCUGAGCAACUGCGAGAAUGAAGUCACCCUCGAAUACCUUGCUGACUUGGUCAAGGAAAAGAAGCACAUUGCGCUGUUUCCCCACAUGUUCAACCACGUCGACCGACUUCUCGAUGACGGUGAGAACUCGAGUGGAUAGUUGAACGAAAAUCUUAAAAAAAGCACUUUGAAAAUUAUAAUUCCCUGUUCAAAAUGAUCCCGCGAAAUGGGAAAUAGCCGUCAGAGAAAGAAAAAAUUAAUUUCGGAGAGUCAGAUAAUUUUGCAUUUCGCGGAAAUUACUUUGAACACAUCAUAAAAUUGAAAGCUCCCGAAUUUCCGGCUUUUUGAAAUUUUAGUUUCUGAGAUUCGCAGCAGUUUUUCUCUCUUUCUGACUUCUGAAUAUAAUUUUUUUUUUACUGGUUAAUAAGAAAACUGACUUAAAAAAGAAAAAAAAAACAAAAGUUGAUGUCGCACAAAGGGUACAGGAUUUAUAUUUUCCUAAAUGUAAAAGCUCGAAAUUUAAAGAUCAGUUCAAAAAUGAAUUUUCGAAUUGUACUUUUUUUCAGAAAUUGCACGGGUGCGUGUUACGCUUUUUCAAACGGACUUUAUCGCGGGAGACAUUGAGCUCCCGGAGCCAAUUGGAGAGACUGUCACCAUCACCGAAAAGAUUUAUGUUCCCAAGAAGGAAUAUCCGGAUGUGAGUAUUGGUAAAGCAUUCAAAGUGGCAGAGAAUGGUUCCUAGUAUAACUUCGUUGGACGAAUCCUGGGACCUCGCGGUAUGACUGCCAAACAACUCGAGCAGGAAACUGGUUGUAAGAUAAUGGUUCGAGGAAAGGGUUCGAUGCGCGACAAGAAGAAGGUAAAUUUCAAACCAGGACUUGUGGCUUUCAACUCUUUGCGACGGCUUUUCCAGUGACCCGGAGAAUUAAAUGUUCACAAAUCAUCAGUUUUGACCGUUUCGUUGACAUUUAUCAAGCAAUGAGCAAAAUCAAGAAACUAAAAGGUGGAAAAAAAUUCUGAGAAAAAACUCUGUUUCGAAAUUCUAUAGUUUUCUCGAAUGACUUUAAACAUUUGUAUCAUUUGCUUUUGAAUUAAGUUUAUGACACAAAGGCAUAAUUGUGUUUCUGGAAUUUCAGGAAAUAGCAAAAACUGCCGAUAUUUCCAGGGACAAUUCAUUUUUUUUUUCCCUGUAGGAUAAUGUUUCAGCAAGAAGAUAACAAUAGAGGACGUCCCAACUGGGAGCACCUCGACGACGAUCUUCACGUACUUCUUCAGUGCGAAGACACUGAAAAUCGCGUGCACAUAAAGCUCCGGGCUGCAAUCGAGCAAGUCAAAAAGCUUUUGAUUCCUGCGGUAAAACAACUUUUUUUUUCUGUUUUUUACUCAAACCUUUCCUUUCAGCCUGAGGGUACGGACGAACUCAAAAGAAAACAACUUAUGGAGUUGGCCAUAAUCAACGGAACCUAUCGUCCUCUCAAGUCUUCACAGAGUAGUUAUAAGAGUUUGCGUCCGUAUUCAAUACUUCGUCUUUCAUGUCCUACGAGAGUGAUGACCGCAGUUCCAUUGCUUUCUCCUAUCCGCACGACCGCCCCAGCUGUUCUAAUGUCUCCGUCACCGAGUCCUACCGCUCCACCCGUUAGUUAUUUGAAAGAAAAGACGAUAGACUUUUCUUCAAUUUUUCAAUAGACAGCAUCGAUUUUCUAGCAACUUUUUCUGACUACUCAUGAGACCAAAAUAAAGUGAGAUCUGUCAAAUAAGUAAAAAUGAAAAUGGAUUGCGCUUUGAAACAAUAAACGGGUAGUACAGGAGUAAAUUUCUUCGAUUAAAGGUGGUUCACCUCAAGGAUCUGUUCAAGUUUGAUUGACUCAAAAUUUUCAUGUUUUCAAAUGGCACUGAUCGAUCAGAAGUCCGAUUUGAAAUACGUAAAAUCUUCAAAACGCGAGUAGGAAUACCAAUUAACGUUCUCACAAUGAAAUAAACCGCGCGUUUAGAAACGGUUUUUGAAAUUUUAACGCAGUUUGUAUUUUUCUGAGUGUUAAAGAUUCGGAGAUAUUUUUUUCUGAAAUGAGUCCUGUCGUUUGCAGUCUCCAACUCUUCCAACAUCAACGACCAACUUCAUGAAUGCUUCGGGAUCUUUUGAUUACUCGGCUUUUUUGAAGUAUCGUACCUUAUCUGCGAUCAAAGUGUUCGAAAUUUCUUCAGCUCGAGUCUGUUCGAAACUGCGUUGGCGUCGAUGCAGUUGACUGGCGACUUGCACAUCCCCAACUACCCGACCACGACUUCCUUCGUCAACUCGUUCCCGUCGUUGUUCGCCUCGCCGAACUCUCAGCACGAAAACUCGACAACGAGUGCUACUCCGAGUCGCAGCAACUCUGCCGGCUCUCAAUCCUCAUUCUGA